AAAAAAAAAUGCUUCCUUUGUUGUGUUGUACUGUUGUGACUCCUUGCGGGCUGCGAGCCUGCGAGACCGAAUCGAUCUGCAUCGCCCCGCCCCGCCCCGCCCCGUGCGCCAAUGUUCCUGCGGCGGCUGAGAACGUCCGCCGCCGUCCGCCGGGGCGCGACCGACGGCGCAGUCCUGGCCGCCGUCCGCGCCGAGCUGGCCCUCGAGCUCUCCUCCUCGGCUCCCCCUCCAUUCCGUUCCGAGCUGGCGCCCGACUUCGACACCGUGUCUGACGCCCCGCGCGCGCAGGACGUGCUCCUGCGCCGCCGGGACGGGUCCGAGGAGGUCCUCGUGUCGGCGCUGCUCGCCCCGCUGCGGUUCGUGGGCCGAGACCCGCUGCCCAGGGCCGCGCUCGUCAAGGUCUUCGUCAGUAAGCCUGGCGCGGCGCCCGUCCUGCACUUCGACUGCCGUGCGUCUUGGGUGGGGGAGGAGGAGCGCGGCGGCGGCGCUGCUGACUACGCUAUCAACGCUGUCCGGUACCACUCCUCUCCUGGCGCCGGUGGAGCAGACGAGUACGAAGGGCCGGCGUUCAGAGAUCUGGAUCCUCGGCUACAGGCUGCUUUACGAGAGUAUCUGGUAGCGAGAGGCUUCAACUCCAAGCUGGCAAGUUCGAUUCUUCAACACCUCCUUCAGAAGGAGCGCAACCAGUAUGUGAAUUGGCUGAAGACUUUGGAAGAGGCGUUCGCCAAACAUCACUGACCCAAUGAAACGAUUAGUGGAUCCUUCUACAUAGCCUGGAUUUGGCACUCUACUAUCCUUCAGUGCCUCCCAUUGGAAAAAUCCGGCCAGAGUGUAAACCUUCUACGUCUAUUUUCCAUGACCAAAGCUGUCGUGUUCUUUCC